GAGUCGACUCUACAGUCUAGUGCACUUCGCGCCCUGUGUGAGGAGAUUUGAGACCGAGCCGGAGCUCUGUCAGAGAGGAGUGAGGGGGUUUGAGUGUAAUGGCGCUGUUGGGCUCCCGCACCCUGAGUAAGGACGAUGGCCGUUACCGCACACAUUUCCGUAUGAUUAACGAGCAGCAGGUGGAGGACAUCACCAUAGAUUUCUUCUACAAACCGCACACUAUUACCCUGCUGACCUGCACCGUGCUCAGCCUCAUGUACUUCGCCUUUACCAGAGACGAUGGGAAUCAAGACAGCAAUGUACGUGUAGGACUUAUUGUCAUUGUCUCAUUUUUCUCCGUCAUUAGCGUCCUCGCCUUCCCAAACGGUCCAUUUACAAGGCCACACCCCGCGAUAUGGCGAAUUGUCUUCGGUUUGAGCGUGCUCUACUUCCUGUUCCUGGUCUUCAUUAUCUUCCUGAACUGGGAGCAGGUGAAGGGACUCAUGUACUGGUUGGACCCAAACCUCCGCUACGCCAAGCGGGAGGCUGACAUCAUGGAAUAUGCUGUGAACUGUCAUGUGAUCACAUGGGAGCGAAUCCUGAGUCAUUUUGACAUCUUCGCGUUUAGCCAUUUCUGGGGUUGGGGCAUGAAGGCCUUGCUGAUCCGCAGCUACGGUCUCUGCUGGACCAUCAGCAUCACGUGGGAGCUGACUGAGCUCUUCUUCAUGCACCUCCUGCCCAACUUUGCGGAGUGCUGGUGGGAUCAGGUGAUCCUGGACAUCCUGCUCUGUAACGGCGGAGGGAUCUGGCUCGGCAUGACCGUGUGUCGCUUCCUGGAGAUGCGCACGUACCACUGGGCCAGCAUCAAGCACAUCCACACCACCACAGGGAAGAUCAAGCGCGCUGUGCUGCAGUUCACUCCGGCCAGUUGGACCUACGUGCGCUGGUUCGACCCCAAAUCCUCCUUCCAGAGAGUAGCUGGAGUUUACCUGUUUAUGAUCAUCUGGCAGUUGACGGAGCUGAACACCUUCUUCCUGAAGCACAUCUUUGUUUUCCCAGCAUGCCACGCCCUGAGCUGGGGUCGCAUCCUCUUCAUCGGCAUCAUCACCGCGCCCACAGUGAGGCAGUAUUAUGCUUAUCUCACAGAUACACAGUGUAAAAGAGUCGGGACGCAGUGCUGGGUGUUUGGAGCCAUCGCUUUCCUCGAGGCUUUAGCGUGUGUUAAAUUUGGACAGGACUUGUUCUCCAAGACGCAGAUCCUCUACGUUGUUCUGUGGCUCCUGUGUGUGGCCUUCAUCACGUUCCUGUGCCUGUACGGGAUGGUGUGGUACGCCGAGACUUACGGGCCCAGAGAGAAGAGUUUGUCAGAGUGUGAGGACAGCAUUUACUCUGAGACCGGAGACAAUGUGUCUGUGAAAGAGUCGGACUCUGUGACACGUCCCACCACCAGGAGGAGAGGGAAAGGUUCUGGAAACAACAAACCUGUCAACGGAGUGGAGAAAUAGACUCCACAAAUUCAAUCCUGCAGGAACCGAGGACGGAGAGAAAGUCAAAGUUUUGUACAAACAGCGCUGUAAAAACGUUGGAGGGAAAAUCAGGACCAAACGGCUUUGUCUUUGCUCACGGAUUUGGUCAGUGUUGAGCCACCAGGUGGCGCUACCGGUGUAACGAGGUGAAAAACAACACUGAGGUUCUUGUUGACUGAAAAACUCUUAGUUAUUUUUUUUUCCCAUGUCAGUAUUGUGUCUGUGUAUCUCGUGUCAGCGAUGCCAACAGACGCGUGUGACCGAGGUGUGUGCCGAUAUAUUCACCUUACCACACAAUCACCAUGAAUAAUCAAAUGAAUCACAGUCACGACAUACAGGGCUGUCUCACCACAAACGUUUCCUUUCAUACACAUUAAAACUUAAUUAACUCGAAAACUAAUCUGUUUAUUAUAAUAAUCAAUAUUCACAUCCUGCAUUCCAGGAACAUGGGAAUAUGGGAAUGUCCAAUCUCAUAACAUUCCAUGUAGGUAAAGAUUGGCAGGAAGUCGCAGUGUGUCCUGAAUCAUUUCUGUUACUGAGCUCGCAGACACUUGUGUACGUUCGCGUCGGCAUGAGAUCGGUUCAGUACAACAAUUCCGUCCUCACACACCUGACACACACCUUGUCGGUUGUAUCGUACGACCGAUUAUCGGCACACACCUAGAGAAGAGCACUGACCGAUCAGGCCAUUUCAGUCCUACUUUAAUGUUUGAUGAGGAUGAUGAUGAUGAUGAUGAUGAGGAUCGCUGCUAACACGUAUCUGUUACCUCCUAACCAUCGACGCCAGUAUCCACUUUUCUGUUCAUUCUUGAAACCUUUAACAUGCAGAUGUGCCUGUGUGUGUAUUUGUGUUUGUGUGUGUGUGUGUGUGUGUGUGUGUGUGUGUGUGUGUGUGUGUGUGUGUGUGUGUGUGUGUGUGUGAGAUAUCUCAUCUAUAGCCUAAUAAUAUCAGGUGUUAAUGAUGUGUUGAGUUCCAGAGUGUUUUAGAUUAGGUUAUUCGAUGUUAUUUUCCCACACGACGUCCCUGACGACAGUCCCGCUGUGGUCCAUUUUAUUACAAACAAAAAGUUUGUAACUUUUAUUCAUAAUAUUUCAGAAUAUAUUUAUGUGUAUAUAUUUCACACACACACACACACACACACACACUUGUAUUUUGUUCAAUGUUGUUUACACAAUUAGGAAUGUGCUGAUGUUAAAACUCCGUAUCAUGAUAGGAUUCGUUUAGACCAGUUCACGAUGUUAUUAGUACACACUGCCUUAGUAGAGUUUAAUACACGUGAUCUUGCCUUCAGAUUUUUGCCAAUUUAAAAUAAUAUUACUGUAUUUUUUAACUGGAUUAUCGGAGAACACACAAAUGGAUGGAUCGAUUUCCAGCUAGUGAUUCGUAUCAGAUUCAGUUUGCCAGUAAGAGUCGACUCCUUCGACCGCCAAACGACUCCUUGUCCUUUUAUUUCUAAGCCAGUGUAAGUUUAUGAUAUUUACUAUAUUGUUGAUUGUUCUUUUGUGUAACUACGGCUGAAAUCAUUUUGUGCAAUCUUAUCUGCCUUCUAAUUAUAACCAAAUAGUGAUACUCUAUAAAGAGUUGAUCUUUUUUCUUUUUGGUUCGUUAACCACGAUUUCGGAUCAAAAUGCACUUUUCUACACGUUUAUCCUCCACGCUUCGGCGGCGUCGCCGGGCCGCUCGGCACGAUCCUACUUUGACGGAGCAGAAAAGAUGAAUAAAGAAAGUUCUACACGCUUUGUGCACGAGCUCCUGCACAUGUCUAUAUUCCUAAUAACUUCCUAAUAACUUUUCAGUGUUUCUACCGGAUUUCCACGGCUGUGUGUGACGAUGUAGAUCUGUAUGUGAUUAUUUAUAGAGUCACUGCGUUUCUCAUUAAAACAACUUCAACCUGU